AAUUACACCAAAAUCGUAAACCUAUUCGGACAAAGCUCUGCUGGGGUUGCGUCAACGAGAACAGUUUCAAUGCGAUUGAUACCAGGAUCUUCCAUGCUAACACUCCUUUCCUCACUGUUGCGAGCUCAGCUUUUCCAGAGGUGAUAUCAUUUUCAAUGAUACGUCUUAUGAGGAAAAAACCUAUUCCUAGGCAAGAAAAAUCGACUUUCAAAGCUAAGAGGCCUGUUCUUUUAAUCUGGAUUUGAAGGGGCAAGAAAGUUUCUGAUGGGAGCUGUAUUGAGUUGUAGUCGUAGGGGCAGAAGUAGUGGGUUCUAUGAGGUUCCAAGUGGUGAGACCAGGAAAAGGCAAAGGACAUCUUCGAGCUUUUACGAGGCUAAUCAACGACUAUUUCCCAGCCUUCCGGAUGAGAUAUCAAUCCAGAUUCUUGCCAGAGUUCCUAGAAGUUGCUACUUGAGUGCAAAAUUGGUCUCGCAGAGCUGGAAAUCUGCCAUUUUGAGUACUGAACUCUAUGAAGUCAGAAAAGAGCUCGGGACAACAGAAGAGUGGCUCUAUAUUUUGACCAAGGUUGAAGAUGACAAGCUUAUGUGGUAUGCUUUGGACCCCUUGUCUGGAAAAUGGCAAAGGCUUCCACCAAUGCCCAAUUUUGCUGGAGAAGACGGCUCUAAAAGGAGCCUAUCUGGUCUUCGGAUGUGGAAUAUGAUGGGAUCAAGCAUCAGGAUUGCAGAUGUCAUAAAGGGAUGGCUUGGGAGGAAGGACGCUUUGGACCGAAUGCCUUUUUGUGGUUGUGCUGCUGGUGUCAUUGACGGCUGCAUAUAUGUGCUAGGGGGAUUUUCUAGGGCAACAGCCAUGAGUUGCGUCUGGCGUUAUCACCCAAUUCUUAACAGGUGGAUUGAAGUGAGUCCUAUGUCCAUUGGUAGGGCAUACUGUAAGACAGGUGUCUUAAACAACAAGCUUUAUGUCGUUGGAGGGGUCACCAGGGGUCGUGGAGGUCUGACACCUCUUCGGACUGCUGAAGUGUUUGAUCCUUGUACUGGCCUCUGGUCCCAAAUCCCAAGCAUGCCAUUUUCUCAGUUGCUUCCAACUGCUUUUCUGGCUGAUUUGCUUAAGCCCAUUGCAACUGGAAUGACAUCCUACAAGGGGAAAUUAUAUGUCGCGCAGAGUUUGUAUUGUUGGCCAUUUUUUGUUGAUGUUGGAGGAGAGGUUUAUGAUCCGGAUACAAAUUCAUGGGUUGAUAUGCCGAUUGGAAUGGGGGAGGGGUGGCCUGCUAGGCAGGCAGGAACCAAAUUGAGUGCCACUGUCGAUGGCGAAUUGUACGCCUUGGAUCCUUCGAGUUCUUUGAAUAGUUCUAAGAUCAAAUCAUAUGACCAUGAAAAUGAUGCUUGGAAAGUUGUUUCCGGAGACGUUCCCGUCCGUGACUUUGAUUCUGAGUCUCCUUAUUUACUUGCUGGUUUUCUUGGUAAGCUUCACGUUAUCACGAAAGAUGUGAAUCAUAAUAUUGCGGUUAUGCAGACUGAAAGACAAAAUCUUUCGAGUUCGGUUGCUUCAACUUCAACAAUUCCUUUGGAUGAUUCCCAUAAUAUUGCGGUUAUGCAGACUGAAAGGCAAAAUCGUUCGAGUUCGGUUGCUUCAACUUCAACAAUUCCUUUGGAUGAUUCCCAUUUGGAAGAACAAACUGAAACAAACAUUUGGAAAGUCAUUGCCACUAAGAAUGCUGGUUCCGAAGAACUGCUCAACUGUCAAAUCCUUGAGUUGUAGAUGUACAAUAUACGUGAAGGCUCUGCUCCUUUUUUUUUCUUUUCCGAACUCCGCAUUUCAUACACCAGUUUAUUUGGAGGCCAUCAAGUUUAUCACCUUAUUGUCUCCGGAGGUAUUUAUAUCCCUAAUUUUAUGUUCUUGUAAAAAAAUCCAUUUUCUGCUUAUGUACACAGUACUGCUUGAGAGAUUGGCUGCAUUUUAGAUACAUUAUACUUAUAUGGGAUUGUGUGGACUCAAA